CAUAUGACAACAUCACAACAAAAAUGUCUGACUGCUUUUCGGUGCGGUCAUUUUUUUUAAUCGUUUUACAAGUAUAAUAAAAGGUGUAUGCGUUUGCGUCAAAGCCUCAUCCAAGUGUGCAUCUGAUGAAGACGUUUUUGAAUAAAAACCAAGUCAGACGCAAACUAGUCAGUGAAUAUUUUACAACCCUCAUCAUGGAGCCCACAGCAUCGGGAAUAUUCUGUAACAGAAUGCUCAGUAUGGUUAACUCUGAAGACGUGAACGCCAUCAUUCAAGCUCAGAGACACAUGCUGGACCGGUUUGAGAAGACCAAUGAGAUGCUGAUCAACUUCAACGGACUGUCCAAUGUGCGCUUACAACAGAUGAAUGAACACUUUCUAAUGCACACCCGCACUUUAAUAGAGAUGAAGAAAGACUUGGACAGCAUUUUCAGACGAAUAAGGACCUUAAAAGGCAAGGUUGCGAAACAAUAUCCAGAGGCCUUCAGCAACAUCAAUGAAUGUUCCAACCUGGAGGAUGAUGAUGAUGAUGAAUUUGACCCCAUUCCUCCCAGCGUGGCCACCACCAUCACUACUACUGCUGCAACGUCCGAACAGAGCACGGAGUCAUGUGACACAAGCCCUGAUGUGAUAUCGCCCACCAUUAGCUGCUGUUCUGAAGACCCCUCUCAAGAGAACACCGGCACACCAACCUCUGACAGCCAUGAACAGCCAGUGUUACGGGACGAGGGGCCGGAUUCAGCUGACAUUUAGAUUUAUGUGUCCUACAUACAGAUGCCACUUAAAAGUACGGUGAUGCAAGCCUACAGCUUAAGGUUUAUUAUGCGAAAAUGUUUUUAGUGCUACUAAUUUGGUACUGUUGUUAAAUGUUAUUUAAAUUUCAUGUUUUCUGUUCUAGCUUUAUAUAUUUAAGUGACCGCUAUGGUAAUGGCCUGGAAAAAUAAUGCAAACUAGCCUACUUUUUGCAGACAAAAAAAGUUGUACGGAUACAUUUAAAAACAGACAUGGUUACCUUGUGUUGUGAAAUUUUCAUGUUCAGAACCGCACUAGUUAUUAUUUAGUAUUAUUUCUGAAUUCAGGAAAAAAAUGUCAUUAAAU